UGCUUUCUUAGGGAUGAUUUCAGACACACUGCUCGGAUGCUGCCUCUACUCACUGAAGCAGAAUCCUCUGAAGAGUUGCUGAGGCAGAACUGAAAUCAUGGCUCGCCUCAAAGAAGCAGCCGUGUUGGCCGCUAAUGAUGCCUCACAACAGAAAGAUGAUGCUCCUUUAAUUCAAGGGUUUUAAUGGGAAGUUUCUAAGCCUGAAACAACAGCCUUAGAUCUGGGGUGUGCCAUCAGCUGCUCGCAGCUACCACUGUCUCCUGCUUUCACACAGCCUGGUCGGGAGGAAUGGAAACUAAAGAAGCUUGUAACUACCUGUAACAGUUCCACCAGGAAAUGGAUCAAGUGUUUGUUCCGCCAGAUCCAGGAUCGCAACUCAACAACUCAAAAUGACAGCACCGACUGUCCCUGGCGUCCCCGGGUGAUGAGCAGCGGGCAGCCUUAGGCUUCUGAGCUGGCACCCUGAAGUUGGAAUUCAGUUCCCUGGACUGUAAGGGGCUAGAGAUUUGAGUUAACCUCUAUUGAAAGAGGCAAUGAUCCCCGAACACCAAGGAAUUCCUCAAGGAGCCUGUUGUUUAAUAAGGGGAAGAAGACGAACCCCGUGGAGACGUGCCCUGUAACAAGGUGCUGCCGCAGAAAUGCAGAUAAUUUACCCUCUCAAGGUGCCAACGCCAUGAUCUCAGCAGACUGAUGAUGGAAGAAAACGAAACUGGGAGAUCCUGUGCUCUGUCUUCCCUAGACAAUGGAUGGAGGGCACCCUGUCCCUUCACCCCUAGUGCCCUUCGGGGACACGUUGUCAGAUUCUAGCAUGUCUCUGGAGCAAAAGACUACAUUUGUUUUUGUGAUUUUGUUGUUCAUUUUCUUGGGCAUCCUCAUUGUCAGGUGCUUCCGGAUUCUUCUGGACCCAUAUCGAAGCAUGCCGACCUCGACCUGGGCUGACGGGCUUGAAGGCCUAGAGAAAGGGCAGUUUGACCAUGCCCUUGCUUAGAAGGGGGAGCAGACCCCCGCCUGAAGGGGUGAAGUGCUUCAUGUCUUGGCAAGGAAUUCUCUUUCAUCAAUGUUCUCAGCAAAUCAAGUUUUAGCAACGUCUGUUCCUAAGACUACAAUCCAUUACUCAGUAAGCAUGCUGUUGGGUUAAAACAUUUGAGUAUAUUGGAAAUGGAGCUUUAUAUUACUAACCGAAAAUAACGUUAAAUGUCUGCGCACACUCAAUGCACGAUUACUGUCGAGUGUGUGCGACGGUGGAACCAAGAGCAUCGACGCUGACAUCAACUUUGUCCUAAGAGGAAGCACUAUCUAACCCGACCAGAGAAUAAAGACUAGAAAGGAUCUGAUUUGAAUUUGGUGACAGGGCCAUGGAGAGACUUUCUUGCUUUAAUCCUGUCCCUCAGACUGUUUUAUUUUCAUGGGAUUCUGGGUCCCAGGCAGAGAGUGAGGAACAUUGUGCUCAGUGGACCAAAAGCAGGUUCUUGUUUUCACCUAAAGCAAAGUGCAUGGGGAGGCCAGGGGAGGGCUUAGAAGACAUGGUUCCAUCCUGGGAAAAUAUGAGGAUGGUAUUUAAUUCUUUAAAUAAACCUGGAUUCAACGGUUCAUGGAGAUUUUAAAACUAUUUGCCAGAGCAGGUACAUUCUAUGUAUUCAUAUUAAUAACAUGUGUGGAGGUUGCUAUACAUAACCUGAAUUUACUUUCUUUACACAAAUAACUGAAAUAAUAGGUUACCAGUGCAGCCUCAGGUUUGUUUGUUGUUUUUUUUUUUUUUUUAAAUAAAAAGUUCAUUGUUUAGAGGAGGAGACUUUCACCGUCUCAAGAGAACUGUGUGUUUAUGACUGAAUAUAGAAACCAAAUAAAACUUUUGAAGACACAGAA